AUGACAGUGAGCAGCAAUCUCUCAAGUUUCCUCAAAGUCUUGUCUUCUUACAACUCCAAUGUCCUCUUAGUUGCUCUUGUCUUCCUUCUCUUAGUCAUCCUCUUCGUCUUAAUUCUCCAUUUCUACGCUCGCUUUUUCUGGUCAGACUCCUCCGACCAACAAUUCUCCAUAGCUAGACGUCGCCGGAGAAGACGACGAAACCGGAGAAGAACAGUCACAACUACUAGAAUCAUACCUUCUGUUCCACUCGGAGGUUUCGACGGUGGAGAAGUUUCUACUGCUACUGCUGCAACAAGCGAUGACAAAGUGGGAGAUUUCGGACGAAAGUUGAGAAAUUGCGGACAUGGGUUUCACGUAGAGUGUAUAGACAUGUGGUUGUCUUCUCAUUCAUCUUGUCCUCUCUGUAGAUCCCCUGUUCUCGCCGCCUCUGUUCAAGACAAUCUCAAUAAGCCGGCCUUUAAUCCGGAGAAGAAGACGAGAACGUCGCCGGAGAUCGGAGAGUUUCAGUACCGUCUUUUGGGGUUGACGACGGUGACGGUGUCGGAGAAGGAGAGGUUAGAAUUGAAGUGUUUGCCGAAGAUGAAUCGGAGAUCAACAACGGAGGAUCAUCAAGAGGUGAUCGGAAGUCAUCAGCAUCGAGUUCGUUGA